AUGACCCUCGUUUUUGCUCUGCUAGUUGCCGCAAUAACGGGAGUGGCUGCAAAUAAUAAUGACCCCCACGUUUAUCCCGAACAAGGGCCGUUCAUCGAAGGUUGGUAUGCCCGUAUAACGGACUCAUCCUCCCCACGCUCCUUCGGCGUUCUCUUCGGUCGGGUCUUACCAAAACCAUUGGAAGAAGGGAACAACAGCACAUCUCCUCCACUGACGUAUAUCUCCAUCAUCCGAAGUGACGGCAAUUCGGCACCGUUUGUCGUGGCCGAGGCCUACCCAGACGAGGACACCAUCUCGGUGACUGUAUCCGGCGGAAGACCGGUGACGGGAAAUCCAGACAACUGGAGUCCGUCACAUUUCGAAUGGGUAGCUAAGCCGUUCGGAUUCUUCAAUGUGACGCCAGAUUCAACAACGUUCGACUUUACGAUCGGAGACGAUCGCUUCUCGGGAAACUUCGGGCCUCCAUCUCCGUGGGGACCUCACGGUAAAGGACCAGAAGAUUGGCUUGGCAACGUACCGUUCAUCCCUCUCCAUUGGUUCGUCUAUAGCCUAGCAACACCUGGCGACUUUACUUGGGAGAAUGACAAGACGGGCCUCCGCAUCCAAGGCGACGGUACAAUGCACCAGGAGAAAAACUGGGGAAACGGCUUCCCUGCUUCAUGGAUCUGGAUGCAGGGUGUCAACUCAACCUCAUCGACGGCCUUCGCAGGGACAUUUGGGGUGCUUGGGUUCGGUCCUCUAUCGGUACCAGCUCACCUCUUCGGUGUCAGGGACUUCAACACCGAACUGGAGUUGAACUUCCACCCCGUCAAUUCAAUGGCCCGGGUGACCUCGGAUGGCUGCUCCGGCGAGGUGUCCAUCGAAGUGGUUUCGUUCCGGCACAAGUUGGUCAUACGGGCUAGGGCGCCUCCUUCGACCCUUCAGAAGUGUCUGAGAGGGCCCACCGAGCGGGGCUUCGAGAAUGUACUGGUUGAAAGCUUUGCGGCAUCGGUUGACAUCGCCGUGUAUGAGCGUAGGCUGUUUGGCUACCGUCUUUUGAGUACACAGAUAUUCGAAGGCGCUGCUCUGGAGUUCGGCGGAGAGGAACUCUGUCCCGAAAAUCCUUGUGUAUAG